AACAAAUAAAUUUCCACUAAAAAUCAAAAUAUUUAUUUACGAUUUCAUUUUUUUUUGUCAUCAUGUAAACAUUAAAUGUGUUUAAAAUUUAGAUAUUGAUACAGUCGUUAAGGAACUACCUAGGAAUUAUCUGACCACAUCGUCCAGUAGAUGAAUAACACAAAAAAUAUUAAAAUAAUUAAUUUUAUUUGAUUUAUUUAUUAUAUCAGAUUAUAAAGAUAAAAGAAAAUGAAUGAAAUAACUCUACCACCUUCUCCAAAUUGGUACUUGAAUAAUAUUUGUGCAUGUUCCAAAGAUGGUACUAUUGCAUGGGGAUCUAACAAUUCUAUUGUAAUUGCAAGACGUCAACAAAAUAGCAAGAUAUUAAAUUAUUCUAUUAUUAAAGAUGCUUAUAAAGAAAGAAUCAAUGUAUUAUCUUUUUCACCCGAGUAUGGAGAGGAUAACAAAAAUUUAUUGGUAUCUGGUGCUGAUGAACAUACAGUGAAGAUAUGGAAUUUAGAUAAUAAUUCAACAAUAAUGGCUUACUCAUUUCCAAAUACAAACCAUACUGUUGUAGGAGUUGAUUGGUGCAUCAAAGAUCCCAAUAUAAUAUAUUGCAUUAGUAAUGAUGGUAUACUAAUAUCUUGGACUAUACAUUGCAAUACUUGUAUUGAAAUACUAAGAUUGCAAAAAGUUACAGUAACUUGCCUAUCUACAUGUCCACAUGAUUGUAAUCUUAUAGCAAUAGGUUCUAAAACUGGAUUGGUUUAUAUAGUCGAUACACGAGGAACAGGCACUAUACGAUAUAGAUUAAGAGGUCAUGAUACAGAAAUAUGUAGUUUAUCUUGGUGUCCUGUAGAACACAAUAUUCUAACUGAUGAAAAGAAUAAAGAUUACCUCUUGGCUUCUGGUGGAAGGGAUAAAUCUAUAUUUUUAUGGAGAGCUGGUGGAGAUGGUAGAUAUGAAUCAGAACUUACUCUGCCAAAUUCAUCAUUUGAGUCUCGUUACACUCGAAAUAAGUUGAAUAAAUAUUCUUCUAAUAAUAAUAGUAAUUGGACUAGUGUCUGUUGGGCAUCACCGACACUUUUACUUACUAGUUCAUUUUGGGGAGAAAUUCUUGCUUGGAAUUUAAAUACAAUAGAGGAUGCCAAACCUAAAUUAGUUCAUUCUCGUCACAAUAGAGCAGUAUUUUUUAUUUGUAAAGAACCAAAUAUUAAUAAAACUUCUGAUGAUAGUUCGGAAAAUAAUAAUAGUGUUACAGUAUGGUCAUCAUCUUUAGAUCGUAGGAUUGUUUGUUGUAAUAUAAAAAAAGAUUCUAUAAAAAUAAAGUAUGAUAUUACUAGUCAAGGUGGAUAUGUCUAUAGUAUAGCUGCGUGUCCUUUAGAAACUUCACUAAUUGCAUUUGGUGUAGGCGAUGCAAUGUUACGCAUUUGGAAUUUAUCCGAAGAACAUAAAACUCUUUUUGAUAUUACUGUAUUUUGGCAGAAGAUAAAAGGCAGUAUAAAAUCUAUUGCAUGGCAUCCAACAAAAGAAAACCUUGUAGCUUAUGGAACUUCGGAAGGUCGUAUUGGUGUACUUGAUAUAAGUAGUAAUAAACCUCCAAUUCUAUACAGGAAAUAUUAUACUAAAACAGUAUAUACAUUACAAUGGGGACCAUAUCAUAACAGCGAAAUUUAUACUUUAUAUUCUUGUGGAGAACUCGACCUUAUACAUUAUUCACCAAACCAACCAAGCCAAGAGCCAGUAGUCAUAUUUGAAAAAAAAUGCACCGAAUUUUCAUGGAACCCAAGUUAUUCGAUUUUAGCUGUAGCAUUUAAAAAUGGGACAAUUCGAUUUUAUAAUCGAAAAUUUGAAGAAUGUGGUUAUUUAAGUAGUACUAUGAAUUCAUCAAUAUUUUCUUUCAAAUGGCAUCCUGAUAGUACUACAACGGAUUUGAACUUCUCUCAUUUUAGAAAUUAUAUGGCUGUAAGCUAUGCUGAUUGUUUUAUAACAAUACUUAAUCUUUCAGAUCUUGUUGAGAAAAUAGAUGAGGCAAACAGAUCGCCAGAAUUAAUUGAUGUUGUAAAUGAUAGUGAAAUAUCUUCAAAAGUUGUUGGCAAAGUAUUUACUACAUUAAAUGGUCAUAGCGAACAAAUUGCUGAUUGUGCAUGGAAUCCACAUUUAAGUGGAUAUUUAGUUUCAUGUAGUUAUGAUUGCACAGCACAGGUAUGGAAUGUUGACAAACAAGAAGUGAUAGCAACAUUUGUAAACCAUCAGGGACCUGUCUAUUCUUGUAUGUGGAGUCCCAUAGAUCCAGAUGUUAUAAUAACAGGAUCAGCAGAUUUAACAUUACGUUUAUGGAAAAUAUCAUCUCAGUCAGUUGUAAAGCCUAAACAAAAGUCAAAAAAGAACACAUCAGUUAAGAUUAAACAAAGAUUAAAGGAAAACAGUAACACAGGAUCAAAUAGUUCUAAUGUUGAAAAUAUAAAAACUUCGGAAGUAACUACAGAACAGAAACCUUUAGAAACAGAAAAAAAUCAAACAGAGAUAUCAAUGGCUACUACAAAAGAAGUAAAUAAGAAAAGCAAAGAAAAAAAAUCUUAUUUUCCAAUUCAAUCAAAAGUAAUGAACACUAAAUUAGCUAUUCUUAAAUCCAUCAAAUCUCUUAUUAAAGAUGAAGACCAUUUUUUAAAUUUAGAUUAUAAAACAAAAGAAGCAACUACACAACCUACUUUACUUAGUGAAGAAGCAAUUCUUUCCGAGAUCUUUAAUAGUGAAAAAUCUGUCCUUACUACUCAAAAUAAUCACAUGGCGGUUACAGAGAUGAGUAUGUGGUAUGGUAAACUUGAAGAAAAUUUGGAAAUUGCUGUUAAAGAGAAACGUCUUAAUGAUACUUUAGUUUCACUUUCGCCAAGUCUUUCAAUGAAGACAUGGCGUACAAUGUGUGAAGCAUAUGCAAAUCAAUUGAUACUUGAAUCAAAUCCAACUAAAGCAGUAUCAUAUCUACUUUGCAUUCAUAAAAUUUACGAAGCUAUAAAUGUUUUCCAAGAUGCAAAAAUGUACAAAGAAGCUUAUUGUCUUGCUAAAUCUCAGUUGGAUACUAACGAUGAAAUAAUAACAAAAAUAUUAGAAAAUUGGGCAACAUACGAAAGUGGAAAAGGACAUUUGGAAGGUGCAGCACAUUGUUAUGUAAAACUUGGAUCUUACUCGGAAGCAGCUUCUUUAUUAGCACGUAGAAAAGAUGUUGACAGUUUAAUAAUAGCCUCUAAAUUAGCAUUGUUAUCUGAUGAAAAUGUUUUAAGCAAAUCAUUAGCAGAACAAGCCUUAAUAGAAUCUUUAAAAAAUUCAGCUGUAUCUAAUGCAAAAUAUAUAAUCGAAAGGUUUCCACAAGUGAAGUAUUUAGAGGUGCUAAUAAAUGCGUAUGAAAUGUUAAAAAAGAUAAUUAACAUAGAUAUAAAUGAAAGUACAAUUUGUACUUGGAUAAAGGGUAAACUUGAAUUUGAUGUAUUACAAGUUUUCGGAGAUUAUUGCGAACAAUAUAAAAAUUAUUACAAUGACCUUUGUCAAUAUAACUUUAAUCAAGUAAUAGAUAAUCAACCAACUUUGUGGAUAAGUGCUAGUAGCGAGUUAGCAAUGGCAUUUAUUUGUGAUUCAACGGAAAAACGAUUAACUCAUUUGAUUAAUUUAUACACUACUUUUUAUAAAUUUGAAUUACAGCAUCGUAAUCAUGGAAAUUAUUUUAUUAAAGUACUUUUACAUUUAGAUACUAAAAGUCCUAUAAAAAGUGAUAGCAUUUAUGAAGGAAAAUAUACCCUGUCCAAAAGCUUACGUGCUUAUUUGUGCGUUGGACUUCUCAAUUGGAUUGUUGACAAGAAAAAUAAAAUAUCUAUAAAUGAUCAAAGUAUUGAAAUAAUAGAGUUAAUAGAAGAUCUACUUGAAGAUAUUUUUGAAAAACAAACAGUGAGAUUUUGGUUUCUAACUAGCGAAAUCUCCAAAUUAGAGACUCAAAUAUUUAACACUUUAGGUAAGAAGGAAAGAUCGAGCGAAAGUUCAGCUAUUGAAGAUGAAACGGUUUUAAUACAAAAACUUGAUAGCAUGAAAAACGAAAAGAAACAAUUUAUUAACGAACGUAUAAAUUCACCAAAUCCUAUUUUAGCAUAUACUAAAGCUAACGAUUUAAUAGAUAAAUUUCCCUCUGAAACCUUUAUAUCUACGUUUGCAGAGAAACUUGAUAAGCUAUGGACAAAUGCUACGUCAUAAUAAGUAUUAACAAUAUUUAAAAAGAAGAAAGAGACAAAAUAAGGAAAUAAAUUUUAAAACAUGUAUAUAAAA